AACUACAGGGAAAAUCACACCAUCAGCCUCCCUCUUUCUGCAUAUGGACCACCCUUCACUGUUCUCUCCUGGUGGACAGAGUUUGCUGGUGCCACAGCAGUGUGCAGGCCCUCAUUCUCAAUGAGAGCAAAGGCAGAGGGGGACUGAGAAUGGAGAGCAUGAACCUGCAGAGGAAACACAACUGAGAGACCACUUGGGCUACUGACUCAACUCACUGCAGAUCUCUCGCUUGUUUGAUGAUAAACAGAGGAGGAACCAUGGGACCUGGAAUGUGGAGCCUAUUUAUUCUGUUUGGUCUGUCUCUUUGGAGCAACACUCAAGCCUUCACCAAGAACCCCAUCCUGUCCCGGAUACGAAGGGCUCCAGAGGCCAAUGGAGAAAACAAGAAGUGCUCCUACACCUUCCUGGUCCCUGAACAGAAGAUCACAGGCCCCAUCUGCGCCGCCCGGGGUUAUUCAACUGACAAGGACCGAGUGACACGCCUGGACGUGGCCUCGGUGCGUGACCUGCUGUCAAAGCAGCGCCGGGAGAUGGACACUUUGAAACUGGUGGUGGAUGUGGACGGCAACUUGGUGAAUGAGAUGAAGCUGCUGAGGAAAGAGAGCAGGAACAUGAACUCCAGAGUGACUCAGCUCUACAUGCAGCUGCUGCACGAGAUCAUCAGAAAGAGGGAUAACUCGCUGGAGCUGGCUCAGCUGGAGACACGAAUCCUCAAUGCCACCACUGAGUCGCUGCGCCUGGCCUCCCGCUACAGGGAACUGGAAGCCAAGUAUGCAGCCCUGUCUGCGGUGGUGAACAACCAGUCAGUGCUGAUCGGAGCGCUGGAGGAGCGUUGUAUGCAGGUGUACAGUCGUAGGCAUGAACAACCACCCCUGGGACCUCCACUGGUGCAGGUUGUGCCUGAGAACAUUCCAGUCAAUGUGCCACGUUUCACCAAUGAGAUCCAGAGGGACAACACCCGAGGGUUUGCCCGGGAAAGGGGCUCUCGUUCCGGGCCAUCACCCACCAGCGGUACCCUGGAAGUCCAGAAACCUCCUCAGAGAAACUUCAGUACAGAAGGCCCGUUCAGAGACUGUUGGGAGGCACAGGAGGCCGGACACAGCACCAGUGGCAUGUACUUGAUCCGACCCGACGAAGCAGAGAGGCCGGUGCAGGUGUGGUGUGAACAGGAUAUAGACAACGGAGGAUGGACCGUUAUUCAGAGCAGAAAGGACGGCUCGGUUAACUUCUUCAGGAACUGGGAUAACUACAAGAGUGGCUUUGGAAACAUAGACGGUGAAUACUGGCUCGGCCUUGAAGGCAUCUAUAACCUCGGGAGGCAGGGCGACUACAAGCUGCUGGUGGAGCUGGAGGACUGGAUGGGCAAGAAGGUCUACGCUCAGUACAACAGCUUCCACCUGGAGCCAGAGAGUGAGGGAUACCGUCUGCGCCUGGGCACCUACCAGGGCAACGCCGGGGACUCGCUCAGCAGCCACAACGGCAAACAGUUCACCACUCUGGAUCGAGAUAAGGAUGCCUUUUCAGGUAACUGUGCCCAUUUCCAUAAAGGAGGCUGGUGGUACAAUGCUUGUGGCCAAGCCAAUCUGAACGGUGUCUGGUACAGUGGAGGAGUCUACCGCAGCAAAUUCCAAGACGGCAUCUUCUGGGCCGACUACGGCGGAGGCUUCUACUCCAUGAAGGCUGUUCGCAUCAUGAUCAGGCCCAUAGACUGAGAAGAUACGUUAACCAGGCUGGUUGAGGGGCAGCUAUUGAGGCCAGGGCAAACUUGAAACUCAAACUAUGGCUCCGUAUGUCAGCAGUAACUGGUUGGACUUAGAUCGAAGAACCACACCAUAGGAGAUUAUCAACCAUCAGCUGGUGACCUGAGCUGCCUCCUGCAACAGACUGAACAUUGUUAUUAUAUCAUAAUAGAUGCACACAUAGAGGGAUUUAGAGGACAUGACUAUUUAUAGUAAGCCAUGCAGCUCCUUCAACCACGUAAUACGUAUGAUGGUGAAGGAAAAUUAAGAAUAACUGCCAAUAUUUUGCAGUUAAAUAAUGCAGUCUGUCUUUCUGAUUAAGAAAGUAUUUUUCUCAUUACUGCAAUACUUCAUGGAGAACUUCACUACUGAUUGGUACUGAUUUCAUUUGCAAGCUUUAGCUUCCUACCUCGCCAGGAUAAAUAUCUGGGGAAAACACUCUUAUAUGGUAUUCAACUUGCUAUAGUUGCUGGGAGCUGGAAAGUACAUUUCGUUAAUACCAAUACACAUUUUUUAAGCUUUGUAUCCACUUCCAGAUGUGAAAUGCCAACACCUCAGUGAGAUGGAGUUGGCCCAUUUGAUAACCCAAAAAACAAUAGUGACUAUUUUAUUUAAUCCCUACUCUUAAAAUGAUCUUUAUACUGCAUGUUAAAGCAUUUUGCCCAAGUGCAGAUGACCAGAAAGGAUAAUUUAUGUGUAUAAUUAACUUAUCAUAACAGUGAAAAGGACCAGGUGUCCCGAGGGAACAGUAAAUGAUCCUACAGAAAAAAGGACUAAUUUCCUCCACUGACUAUAUGACAAUCAUUCACAAAGUGUGCUUAACACAUAUGGACAUAUGCUGUUAUAUGUUUUUCUCAUAUGGCUGUUGAUUAAAUUUCAGUAUGACUCUGGAAAGCUUGAGCAUUGUUGGGAGGGAAAAAAAACGGAAUUGGGUUUUGUUUUGAGUGGUUUUCGAGCGCAAAAAAUAUGCCGACCAAGCGUGUUGAGAGUUAUAGGCAUUGGGAGAGACAACGAGAAACACAUUUUAGAGAGCUAGACAGGAUGGAGAACGAAAAAGAGGUGGGGGGAAGGGAGGAGGGGAUGAACUGGGAUGGAACUGGUCCAAAUUUCCAAGUUAUUUUUUCCAUGUCAACCCCUACCCCACAAUCUUCCUUUUAAAUACUCAGAAAUGUACAUUCUUUCCGCACAAAAGUGCUUGAAUUGUAUGUUUUUGUAAAAAUAUCUUUCACUGACAAAGUCACGGGUCCCUGCGCUCUGUAAUCACCGGUAGGGAUGGAAAGCAGCAUCCUUUUUGGCAAAACCAUCGCAGAGGAGAGGGGAUUUUAAACUGCUGGGUCUGCUUUGAACAACAGCACUGCAUCCAAAACACACAUGAAAGGCAGCGUUCAUCUGAAAAUAGACUCAUAUUGUGCUGUUUUUUUCUUAUUGCCCACAAUGGCCCUCACACCCAUCUCUUUAAACAACUUUUAUGCAGCAACGAAACACAAAACAGGGACACCGGUCAAACCCAGCUGGACAUGGAGGCAUGUUUAUGGACAUGUAAAAAGGCUGAAUCUAAUAAAAAUGUAUUUAUAUUCUUGAAAUUAAACAGCAAUAAAAGCUGAAACGGA